AUGAUUCAAAACCUAGCUCUUCUUGCUAAAUGGUGGUGGAGGUUUAGUAAUGACAAGGAUUCUCUUUGGGUCAAGGUCAUUAGAGGAAAGUACAACCUCGACCAGAGAUGUUGGCUUCCUCAUCUUCCCAAUUCUGGUCAGGUCACGACUAUAUGGAGGGAUAUUUGCUCCAUAGGGAAUGCGUCUUCGGGUAUCGGUGCUAUAAUUCAAGCGGGUUUCAAAGUUCAAGUGGGGUCAGGCCAAGAAACGUUGUUCUGGGAUCAUAUUUGGUUGGGGGAGGUGGCUCUCAAGGAAGUUUACCCUAGGUUAUUCCGAAUCUCUACCCAGAAGGAACAAGUGAUUAGUGUGGUUAAGGAAGGGGCUGGUGAUGGUUGUUGGAAUUUAAGUUUCGGAAGACAGUUAUACGAUUGGGAAGAUCUUCAAAAGGUGGAGUUACAACAAAGAUUACAAAGUGUAGCUUUGGACUCUUCUAAAAAGGAUGCACUGCAAUGGAUUUGGUCUACAGACAAGUCUUUCUCGGUGAAGUCUGUCUAUGAUAAUUGGGAGCAACUGGUCCAAGUUAAAAAUGAGGUUUUGGGGUCUUUAUGGAAGAACCUUAGUCCACUUAAGGUGGAAAUCUUUUCUUGGAUGGCUAUACAAGGGAGAGUGGCUACUAGGUCUCUACUCGUGAGCACAAAUAUGUUAGAGGAGGGUCCGUUGUCCAAAUGCCCUUUCUGUAUUACCUUCGAGGAAACCCCGAAACACCUAUUCUUGCACUGUAAGUUUUCGUGGAACACUUGGUCUCUUAUUGUGGUGUGGUGGCAAAUGCUCUGGGUUUGUCCACCUUCUUUGGCGGACUUAGCAAAGUGGUGGUUUGACAACAGAUUUAGGAGCUUGGAAAGGCAUAUUUGGGAGGUGACUUUCUUUGCUACCUUAUGGUCCUUGUGGCUUGCAAGGAACGACCUUGUCUUCAAUAAUGUGUCUCGGUCAGCUAGCGAGGUAGGGGACCAGAUUAAGACGAGGGUGGCUAUGUGGAUGAAAGCUAAGUUUGAAAUCAAGGUGUACUCAGUGGAGGACUUUAAAUGCUUUCUAGGUGGUAUUCGUAAGCUGAAGCUUUAG